GUUCAAAGAAAUUUCUGUCUAAAAAUUUGCGCGCAGGUCAUAGAAAAUGCCUCCAUUUUGUUUAUUUUCUUAUGUGAAAAGUGUAGUGUCGGCAUUGCGGUAAAUUAUCAUUUAAUAAAGCGAAUGAACGUAAAAUAAACAACAAAUUCUAACAAGUUGAAAAAUAUCGUCGUAUAUAUGUUCCUUGUGCGUUUCCCUCGUUUAGAGGGUUUAAAAAAUAGCAGACAUUGGGCGCAUCGCGAGUAAGCACUUUGUCAAAUUGACUACUGUGUCGGGCACUAAAAAUAACCCUCAAAACAACAGUAACUCUCUUCAUCGUGGUGUCGUGACAGACAAAGAAGGUUUUCUGCACAUAAAAAAGAGUAAAAGUGUAUUCGGCACUGUUGGAAGAGACAAAACUGUGCCCGUUGUAUCACCACCCCCAAUAAUGAACCACGUGACAGGCCAUUAUCGUCGAAACGAAGACAAUCCUCAAAAUACUAAUGCUAAUGAAGUUGAAGAUAUGGAAACUCAAGAAGUGACUACAAUGGAAUACAUCACAGAUUCUGGUGGUGCAGAAAUGGAUCAGACUCAAAAUGGAGAGAUCAUUGUUGGUCCACAACCUGAUCCGAAUGCAAUAGCACAAGAUACCGAAAUGGAAGAAGAUGAGGCUCGUUCAGAAGCAACUUUCAGAUUUACUGUUCAGAAUUUUAGUAAAUUGAAGGAUUCAGUGUUGUCCCCACCAUGCUUCGUGAGAAAUUUACCAUGGAAGAUAAUGGUGAUGCCACGUAACAGCCAUGCUCAAGAUGCUAGAUCAGACAGGCCAUCACAAAGAUCUUUGGGAUUCUUUUUACAAUGCAAUGGUGAAAGCGAAUCGAGCUCUUGGUCUUGUUACGCCGUUGCAGAAUUGAGGAUGCUUUCGGUUAGACCUGAUAUUGAGAAUUUCACCAGGAAGAUUCAACAUUUAUUUUAUUCGAAGGAAAACGAUUGGGGUUUUUCCCAUUUUAUGGCAUGGAAUGAUGUCUUAGAUCCGGACAAAGGUUUCAUCAAGGAUGAUGCGAUUACCUUGGAGGUGCAAGUAGUGGCAGAUGCACCCCAUGGGGUAUCGUGGGAUAGUAAAAAACACACAGGGUACGUCGGUUUGAAAAAUCAGGGUGCAACAUGUUAUAUGAAUUCUUUACUCCAAACUUUGUAUUUUACCAAUCAAUUGAGAAAGGCGGUUUAUAAAAUGCCAACAGAAUCCGACGAUUCUACCAAAUCUGUGGCUUUGGCUUUGCAACGUGUUUUUCACGAAUUACAAUUUUGCGAUAAGCCAGUCGGUACCAAAAAGCUAACGAAAAGUUUCGGUUGGGAGACGCUAGAUUCAUUUAUGCAGCAUGAUGUUCAGGAAUUUUUAAGGGUGCUAUUAGAUAAGUUAGAGAGCAAAAUGAAAGGUACAUGUGUCGAAGGGACUGUUCCAAAAUUAUUCGAAGGGAAAAUGAUUUCGUACAUAAGAUGUAAAAAUGUUGAUUACUCAAGUACUAGAUCGGAAACUUUCUACGAUAUACAGUUGAAUAUAAAAGGAAAAAAGAAUAUUGACGAAUCUUUCAAAGACUAUAUUGCCAAAGAAACAUUAGAUGGUGAUAAUAAGUAUGAUGCCGGCGAACACGGUUUGCAAGAUGCCGAAAAAGGUGUCAUCUUCAAAGAAUUUCCUCCUGUAUUACAUUUGCAUUUGAUGAGGUUCCAAUACGAUCCGGUGACCGAUAGUUCGGUCAAAUUCAAUGAUAGGUUCGAAUUUUACGAAAAGAUAUCGUUGGAUACUUACCUACAAGAUCCAGAUCCUAAUAAUCCGGCAAAUUAUACAUUACAUGCCGUACUUGUACAUAGCGGCGAUAACCACGGUGGGCAUUAUGUUGUUUUUAUCAAUCCCAAAGGUGAUGGAAAAUGGUGUAAAUUUGAUGAUGAUGUCGUUUCGAGGUGUACAAAGCAAGAAGCUUUGGAGCACAAUUACGGCGGUCACGACGAAGAUAUGAACAUGACAGUUAAACAUUGUACCAACGCAUACAUGUUGGUGUACAUUAGAGAUUCGGAAAUGCAUAAAGUCCUCCAAGACGUUACUGACGUUGAUAUUCCGACUGAGUUGGCGGAUCGUUUGGCUGAGGAAAAACGAAUGGAACAAGUUCGUCGUAAAGAACGUAACGAAGCGCAUCUUUACAUGACUAUAAAUGUUCUGUUGGAGGAUUCGUUCGACGGUCAUCAGGGUAAUGAUUUGUAUGAUCCCGAAAGGGCCCUUUUUAGAGUAUUCAAAAUAAAAAAAAUGGCUACCGUUGCUGAAAUGAUGGAAAUGUUGGCCGACGCUUUCAAAUAUCCUCCAGAGCAGAUAAGACCGUGGCCGUUCAGUCAAAGAUCAAAUCAAACGAUUCGACCGAGCGUUUUAGAUCUCGAAACCGAUCUCCAUAAGGCAGUUACAGAUGCAGCAGAAAACAUGAACCCUUGGAAUAUAUUUUUGGAAUUACUACCGCCCGAUUCGGGACAGUCCACGCUUCCCACUUUCGAUAAAGAAACUGACGUUUUGUUAUUUUUCAAAAUGUACGAUCCCAAACAAAAGAAAAUCCAUUACUGCGGUCACAGUUAUUUACCCGUCACUAGUAAAUUAGUGGAUAUCAUACCGUUGUUGAAUGAAAGAGCGGGUUUCCCACCAGACACAGAAUUACUUCUUUAUGAGGAAAUUCGUCCAAAUAUGAUAGAAAAAAUUACCAAUUUUAAUGAUCCACUGGAAAAGGUAUUAGAAGAAUUGAUGGAUGGUGAUAUAAUAGUGUUUGAAAAAGAAGAAAGGGAAGAACUUUCGGAUCUCCCGACUUGCGUCGAUUAUUUUAAAGAUUUGUUUUGUCGAGUUGAAGUUACAUUUGUAGACAAGUGUAUACCGAACGAUCAAGGAUUUACAAUGGAAUUGUCCCAGAGAAUGACGUACGAUCAGUUUGCUAGGGCGGUAGCGCAAAGGGUCGGUACAGAUCCGUAUCUGUUACAAUUCUUUAAAUGUCAAAGUUAUAAAGAUAGUCCCGGUCACCCAUUGAGGUGUACCUUCGAGGGCACUCUCAAAGACUUACUAGUGUAUUCGAAGCCAAAAGUACCGAAAAAAAUAUUUUAUCAACAACUUAGUAUUCGGGUAAAUGAACUAGAGAAUAAGAAGCAAUUUAAAUGUGUAUACGUGGGUCCCAAAAUGAAGGACGAAAAAGAAUUGAUAUUAUAUCCAAAUAAAGGUGGGACUGUAGCCGAUUUAUUGGAAGAAGCUAAAAAACAAAUAGAAUUCGGCGAAGGUAGUACCGGAAAACUUAGGUUAACGGAAGUGAGUAGUAGUAGAGUAUCGAUGGGGCCAAAAGAGGAUACGCCGUUAGAGCAGCUAGGAAUAACUGCUACGAAAGUUUAUAGGAUCGAAGAAGUACCUCAAGACGAGUUACAUCUAGCCGAAGAUGAAAUGCUAGUCUCUUGCGCUCAUUUUCACAAGGAAAUUUUUUCUACAUUUGGUAUUCCAUUUCUUAUAAAACUCAAGAAUAACGAACCUUUCAGUAAAGUUAAAGAGAGAAUACAGAAACGAUUGGCUGUGCCUGAAAAAGAAUGGGAAAAAUUCAAAUUUGCAAUUGUUGCUCUGGGUAGGCCACAAACUAUUCAAGAAGACGAGUAUAUAGUGAACUUAGCCGAUUUCAAACCUGCUCCUAAUCAAUCAGGUAGUCCACGACCUUGGUUAGGUCUAGACCAUGUGAAUAAAACCCCCAAGAGGUCUCGAUUCAACUACCUGGAGAAGGCCAUUAAAAUAUACAACUGAGACUGACAGAAGAAACGUUUAGUGACAAAUCUAUCAUCACCACCCUAUAACCAAUCACCAACUAAUAUUGCGUUAUGGCCGACAUUUACCCCUGCUCACCUAACAAUUUACCUAUAACGAGGUGCGUGUGCGCAUUGUCACUAUAUUAAAUACGGUAUGAGCUCGCUAAAUAGUCUAGACGUCUACUUGAAAGUUCGGCGUAUUGUUUGAGAAGACGCAAUUUUUCUUUUUAGUCCUUGUUUUACGGUUAGAUGAAAAAAUAUUAUAUAAAGGGUGCCUUAUUUUUAUAUAAAGAAAUAUUUCUUGUUGAUUUAUUCACCGAUUUAAAUCCACGUUGGAAAUUUGUUAAAUGGUUGUUAGAAUCAAGUAAAUCGUGAUAUCAAUAGCAUUCGCAACAGUUAUUUCAGCUUCUGAUAACAUCCGCUCCUUUCCAUGUUUUUAGAAUACAGUAACAUCAAAAGCAAUACUAUUGAGCUAAAAUUAAAUUUCCAAAUUGCCGCUUUUUGUGAUAAAAAUCCUACAGUAUAGUCAGUACAGGAAUUACUACUUUCGAAACCAGCUUGGUUACAUCGUCAUUUAUAAUUCAAUUAUUUCUUUUCUUGUAUAGAUCUGUCGAUUUUUGGCUUUAAUAGAUUAAAAUAUCUUUCGGAGGAUCUAUUCUACUAUUACUACCACUGGAACUACGGUCCUCAAAGAGCCACCAUAUUCUCCAGUCGCUUAGGUCCACACCUAGCUCCCAAAGAGCUUCUUCUAAUGAAAGUUUCUAUGAAAGACCAACUAUUUGCAACUGUUACUUCGCGAUCGUUCCAAGUCUUCUUUUUUUAGUUUUGAAAGAUAAUUUUUGAAGCUCAUUUUCAAUUGUAGAACCUCUGGAAAUCAUCAGUUACAUGUUUCAGGGAAAAUCUCCAGUGUGUAACAAGCAGCGGUAUAUUUCUGAGAAAAUUUGGAAGAAUAAUUUUGAAUUUUCCAUUGUCAAACCUUUUAAAAUCAUCAGUCACAACUUUUAGGGAAAAUUUCCUGUGUGUUACAAGCUGCAGCUCAUUUCUGAGAAAAUUUAGCAGAAUGAUGUUGAGUUUUCAAUAGUAAAACCUCUGGAAAUGAACAGUAACAUCUUUUAGAGAAAAUUUUCAGCAUGUAACAAGCUGCAGCUCAUUUCUGAGAAAAUUUGGCGGAACUAUUCCGAAUUUUCAACUGGAAAUCAUCAAUUACAUCUUUUAGGAAAAAUUUUUUCCAUUCCAUGCAAUUUUUGAUAACGUUGGGUUGUAUUAGACAUAUUUUUGGUAGAUAUAAAAUAUCCAAAAAUUAACCUGGAUACUUGUGAAUAGAAGUAGCUGUUUACGUUGAAAAAAAUGAAAAUUUCAGAGUAAACUCUUAACGGAAUUGAAUCUUACAUGUUAUAACAACUACUAAAUAGUUUACGGAACUCGAAUUACCUUUUUACCCUACAUUAAGCUCUUGAAGUUUAGAUAAUGGACCGAUCCCGUUUAAGAGAUAAAAUUAGAAAUAUUGAAAAAAAAUCACUUUUUAGUUGAAAAAGAAAAGUUGAUCGACAUAAAAAAACUCAUCAUCGGUGUCAUUUAAUUAAUUGUUUGAUUCCCUGGAAGGUUUUCGAAGUAUCCACUAUGUAUAGGGGGUAUGUAAGGAAAUAGGGACAACAUGUCGUCCUUUUUGUCAUGUUGCUAUAAAAUCAUCGAUCGAAUUGAAUUUUGUUCACCCAGCUUGUAACCCGAUGUAAUCGAAAUCUAGAAAUUGUGAGUUUACCAUGGCUUUCGAUUGACAUAUACACAUCCAACCAACAAGUGACAAUGUUUUUGUCUAACUGUUGUUUAGUUACAACUUGCUAUAAAUCAUUCGAUGUCAUGUCGAUGAAAUAUUGUUCGAAUGCUCAAUAAAAACGGCACAAGUCAUUGUAAUUGUACUUUUUCCUCUUUAUAUAAAAAUAAGGUUUGACUCUUUCAUCUUGUACAAGGCUAUAAAGAAAAAUUGUUAUUAUUAACUAUACGAUACUAUUAUGUGGUUGGUAUUUCUGAUACUUUGCGGUGGGUAUCUCGACUAAAAUGCUUAUAAUUCAGAUUUUCUCAGAUAACUCAAACAGCAAUCUAUCAGCUAAUGUAUAACACUUGUAAAUAUUUAUUUAAUGACAAAUGAAGUCUGUCUCUGUUGUUUUUAGGGUGUAUCCACAUGUUGAUAUUUUGUAGUCUGGUUAUUCAGGAUCACUGACGAAAUGUUAAUUUUUUUCUUUCUUUUAAUAAUGUAAUAUUUAAAACGGCACCAUGAUUUUAGUUGUAAUCGAAUUUUUACAGUGUGCUGAUAAUGUGUGAAGAAAAAUCGUUUCAUUUUUUAUAUAUAUAUAAAUAUAUAUUUUAAACGGUGAAUAUUAUAUGUCAAACUUUCGGAUGCAAGGAAGUUUUUUUACUACUUAGUUGAGAUUUAUUUGAUUUCAAUAUUAUUAUGGCGUUAUUUUAAAAUAUCAUGUUUUUAUAUUAUUUUUAAUUUUUUUUAUUGGGAAAUCAAAUAAUUUCGACACCCUUUAUACUUCUAGUGAAUAUUCAUAGCGUCUAGCAAAAAUUUCAAUAAAUUAUCGGUUUAUUUACCUCACUAAACUGCCAAUUAAGAAAAGGGGAAUCAAAGUGGCAAAAAAAGGAUAAUCGGAGGGCUCAGUGGUACAAGCUAUAGAAGUUUAAAGUUAAAGCUGUCAAGGGGUACCUUGUACAUUUACAUCUCAUGUUAUAACCUCAAAAAAUAUAAAAUAGUGGACUAGGUUUAAAGGUUUAAGGAAGUAGGGACAACAUGUCCUUUUUUUUCAAAAUUUUUUUGUCUUCUGGUUAGUUAAAACUGACUCUGAUGUACAGUCCAUAAGGUUUGCGCUUCCACAUGUCUCACUGGUCAUUUUCGAGUUAUCCAAGGUUCGAAACCCCUAAAUUUAACUGAAAAAUUCAUUUAUUUUUAUUUGAAAGGGUACUUCUCAACCAUCGUAUUUCAAACUACUUCCAGUGUCCCCGUUUUGAGUCUUCGAGGGGUUUUAUGAUCAAAAACUUCAAAUAGGGGAUUUUGCAGUUUUUAUUAUGUACCAGUAAACAGGCACAUCAUCUUUUUUCAGUUCUGCUCUCCUCGAAUGAAAUUAUAUUUCUCAUUUUGAGUCUACGGUGUGUUUCUCAUCAAUUUAAGCACGUGAUUUUUUGUAUUCUGAGUCCUCCAAUUAAGAAUUUCAAUAAAAAUUUACAAUUAUAUUUUCUAUUUUUUUUUUAGGAACCGAUUUGGUGAUAGCUCAAACUAAUAAUAAAAAAAACAUGUUUAUACACAUCUAUUUUAAUGUUUUUUGCAUUGUUUUUUUUUUUAAUUGUGAUAUAAUAUUGUCAGUACACUGUAAACGUUCGAAAUUUGCGAGUUUCGGCAAAUUUUGAAUAACCUAGUCUUAUUUUUUUUUGAAUCGUAUUCUUAAAUAAUUUUAUCACUUUUUCGGUUGACCAUCAUCCAUCGUUUAAGGAAUAUACAGAAUGUUCAGUUUCAUCACACGGGUUGCAUAUGUAUUUUUAUUUUCUUUUUUUAAUAACAUCUAAUCGAGCGACUAUAUUGAUAUUUCUUUUAGUUACAAGUUCUUAUCUUAUCCGAAAACUGUACACCCUGUAUAUACUGUAAUUAUCCCGAAGUAUUUUCUCGUUUUUAUUAUUCAACUUUUUUUCCUUUUUAUUUUUUAUGUGUCGAUUGAACGCUGACUUUUGCUGAUCGAAACAUUUUGAGUUGUGUAUCGGUAGUACCCAAAAAGGGCGUUUUAUCGUAGGCUAAGGGUUAAUUUUGGCUAACAACUAAAUUUAAAGUACAAUUAUUUAAUCUUUAUAUUGUUGGUUUGUAUGAAAAAUGUUAUUGCGCUGAAGCCAGCGAUUAAUCUGUGGACUUUCCAGUUUCUUUUUUAUACUUUUUGUCAUUACUAACACGAUGAUUAAAUCAUUAAUAUAAAAUAGAUUCUUGUUUCUUCAUCCCGAUUUAUAUUUUUUUAAAAAUUUAUCGUUUCCGGAUAUGGUUUUGUUUGCUUGUACAAAAUUUUGUAUUUAAUAAUUUGUAUUUAUUGCCACUCUGUAUAUUUCGUAAUUUCAAUGAAAAUAUUUGCUUAGAUUUUAAAGUACCGCAAUAAAAAAUAAUGAAAAUUAUAUUUUGAGUUUUCUUGUUAAACAUAUGUAAGCAGAUUAAAAAAUAUAAAAUAAAAGAAUGUAUGUUGAA